ACGCAUUCAUUUCUGUUUAACCUGACGUUUACAGUGAGUAAAGACUUUUCUAAGGACCUCGUAAAUACGAGAUCAAAAGAAUACCAUGACUUGGCUAAAAACAUAUCGAGGAUUCUAGAAGAGGAAUUUUCAAAAUUGCAUGGGACCUACAUUGUUAAAGUAAGAUAUUUCAGACAUCCCCGAGUAACAGCAUAUAUAAGUAUCUACUGCACAGUUCUAAUACAUAUCUCUGAAGUAGAAGUCUGGUAUAAUAUUUACAACAUACUGAAUUCAUCAAAAACUAUGGAUCACCUAGACAUUGAACGAGACACCAUGAAAUUAACUAGUGCAGUGCUUUGCAAUGAAGAAACAACAUCGAGUAAAAAAGGUUCGUUUCAUUGGCCAACAACAAGUGGUAGAACUACUGUGAGGCUCCCAUGUCAUGAAAAUGAUGCUGAGGCAACAAGAAAAUGUAUCACAAGAGAAAAUGAGUUUCCAAAUAACCUUUUUCAAGAAAAUCCUUUCCCACGUUUUGGUGCCAGUAUGUGGGAAGACCCAGAUCUGUCCCAUUGUUAUGAUAUGGAUUGGAUUACACAAGCAUUGCAGAAUAUCAGCAGCUCUGAUUUUGAUGAAAAUAAUAUUGAGAAAAACUCACAAAAACUUCUAGGUAUCUCGAAGAAUGCUAAAUAUUUCCAAGAAAUCGAUGUUGUGUUGUCUACAGACAUUUUAGAAAAAAUGAUGCCGUUGAUACCCGAUAUAUCUACUAAUAUAACAACGAAUAAUAUACUUCAAAGCGUGAAUAACAUGAUCGAUGCUCCAGAAGACGUAUUGGUUAUUGCACAAGAGUCAAACCAGAGUGCUAAUGGAAUGUUGGCCGUCAUAGAGAGAAUCCCAAAUGAAGUUUUCCUGGAAGAGCUGCAACUAACAGUUUUAUAUUCCAAUCUUGGCAUUGGUGUUAGCACAGUAGAUAAGGACAACUUCGAUGGUUUUACCUAUGCAAUUGAAUCUGAAAAGAAUGGAACCAAAAAAAUUAAUACGAUAUAUAAUGCUUCAUAUUCUGAACUAGAAAAUAUGAUGGUGAUGGACUUCAUCUCAUUACCUAACAGUUUAUUAAAACGUCUGAAAAGCAAAGAACUUCUAAGGAUUUCAAGGGUUUCAUUCCAUUCUCUUCGGACUGAUAAGCUAUAUAGGGUAAUUCAAAAACCUCUUAAAAAAAAGAUGGAAGUACUCGAACAGUUUGUCAACAGUCAAAUUAUUGCAGCCAAUAUUCCUAAUAUUCAAAUAACCAACCUUGAUAAACCAAUUACCGUGUCUUUCAGUUUAAUACAUAAGAAUGGUACUAACCCACGGUGUGUUUACUGGGAUGACACCUCUGGACAGGAUCCUCAUUGGUCAACAAAAGGCUGUAAUAUAUACAACAUUGUACCAGGAGAAAGAAUAUCUUGUUCCUGUAACCAUCUUACAAGUUUUGCACUACUAAUGGAUGUUUAUGGAAAUGAAAAGGAUGUUGAUGUUAAAUCAAUAUCUAUUAUAUCUAGCAUUGGAUGUGGAAUUUCGAUUGUCUGUCUCAUACUCACAAUUAUAGUUCAUGUUUCUUCCAAAACUUUACGAAAAGGACUUUUUUCAAAAAUUUUAAUAAAUCUUUGCAUUGCUUUGGCUGUAGCAAAUUUCAUAUUUCUUGUUGGGAUGCGUCCAUAUGCUACGAAGAAUAUGAUUGCUUGUAAAGCAGUAGCAGCUCUACUACACUACUUCCUUACGGUUUCCAUCAUGUGGAUGGCUGUUGAAGCGUCUCAUAUCUAUUUAGCUGUGGUUGUUGUAUUCAAUAAAUACAUGAGCCACUACAUGCUGAAGAGUACAGUAAUUGCUUGGGGUCUUCCAGCAAUAAUAGUCAUCCUUACUCUGAUUAUCAACAACACAAAUAACUACAUCAGAAUUGCAGAGGUUUGUUGGUUAUCCCAGACAUCUUUCUAUGCUGCUUUCCUGUUUCCAGUGGUGGCUGUUCUCCUCUUCAAUCUUACCAUAUUUUCUCUCAUUCUUGGGCGCCUUAUUUCAAUGAAAAAUGACAAGAAAUUUGAACACAAAGCAAGGAAAUUACGGCUUUUUGGAAUCGUUGGCGUGUUUUUCCUACUUGGCCUCUCUUGGAUAUUAGCAUUCUUCACAUUUGGUGAGGCAGCUUUGGUGUUUAAAUACCUCUUUGCUAUCUUCAAUACGCUUCAAGGAUUGUUUAUCUUCAUAUUCUACUGUCUAUACAAGAAAGAUGCUAGAGAUGUCAUCUGCAUGUAUUUAUGCAUACAAAAGAAAGAAGAUUCGAAGAGUAACACCAAAUAUAAAACAAAUACUCAAGAUUCAUCUGAAGGAAAGAUGUUAGCCAAACAAAACUUUUAUAAUUCAGAUUCUAGUAGUGGAGCAGUGAGUUCAAAGGUUACCAGUUCAAAUGGGGACAAAAUGAAUACAAGACUGUAAAACCUCGUUAAAUAAUUACUUAAAAGCUUCCUUUUUCAUGCAAUCAUGUAUUCAAAUUUUUUUAUCAUAAUAAAUCUUAAGCUUUCUUGCAAAACAAAUAGAAUUUAACUUAAAACUAGAAAUCCAACACUGUGUGUAAAAUCAAUGGAUAUCAUUCUUGUACAAAACAAAAACAAAAAAAAAAAAGAAAAUAAGAGUGCUUCAUGUAAUUUGUCUAUUGAACAUCUGUUUUAACUUUUUGAACUAUAAUCUAUUGAACUAUUUGCUUAUGGUAAUUAAUUACCCUUGAAAAAAAACUAUCUUUUACUAACUAUGUUUUAUACAUCAUAAGUGAAUACUACAAAAUGAAAAAAAAAAAAAGCAAUAAAAUAAAGCUAAAAUAUUAAGCUACCUUACAAAUGUCCUGCUUAUGUUGUGUAGCUCUAAGUCGUAGCUAAUCAAACUAGAAAAGCACUCGGAAAGCGCAGACCUCCGCCAAACCAGCAGGAGCAGCACUACGAUGAUGACGACCACCACUACCACCAUAUCACAAUCACCACCACAACUAUCCUACUACUAUCACCACCACCACCACCACCACCACCAACAUCAUCAUCAGCAGCAUUGUCAUUGCUUCCACUUCAACCACAUUCACCGCCAUCAACGUUAUCAUGAUGGUUACCUUGACAGUCACUUUCACCACUACAACCAGUAUAACCACUACAAUGCUACCAUUACACAAUUAACACUAUCAUCAACACCACUAUUACCACCAUCACCUCAGCAUCACACCACUCCUGUCGCUGUUAUAACUACCGAUACUAUUUUAUCCUCCUCCCAUACUGGACCAUCGUCAUCGUCAAUACUGUCUCUGCUUUCACUACAAUCACUGCAAUCAGUUUCUUUUCAAUCAGUAUCAUGGUGAGGAUUUGAUCGAAGGAUUUACAAUUAGGAAAAAGUAGGAGAAAAGUUUUGAAAUAUAAAGUGGAAGCAUAAAAAGAUAAAAAUAAACAUUUUCUCCCGUCUUA